UGUUCGCGCGUCGACGACGACGCGUCGCGAGGUUCGCUCGUGCGCGGGAUUUAACUUAAGAGAGACCCCGCGCUCGUUCCUGCUUGAUGCACAGUCGUGUUACAUCUCUCGUUAGACGGACUAUCGUUUCCAGAGGAAUAAGAUCGAGGAGAGAGGGAAAACUCUGGUGAUAAGACGCAAUGUUCGAGAGCGUUGCGCACCGUCACCGACAAAAUUGGAUCGCGCCAACGUCUCAACGAGGAAGCAAGACAUCGAAACGAAUGUCGUAGUAGUAGAAGAAAAUUCCGCGAUUCGGUGGCUCGAAUCAGUUUCAAGAAUACCGGACGAUCAUCAUCGAGAGGCAUGAAUUCAUUCAGAGACAAGACACAGAAUGUUACGUGGCAUGUGUCAAGUACCGCGACCAAGUCGAGAUAGCUUUCCGUGGUGCAAGCGAGAUUAAUCGCGAGCGCGAUCCAGUCGGCAUUUAAUCACGCACGCGCUCGGCUAAGGCGAAAAUUGAAAGCGUCGGAUUCGACGGCGUAGAUUUAAAGCGCGCACAGACAUGUCGGGGCGACCUAACGGUCGGCUCGACGUGGGAUUGCCUGACGCCAGCUCGGUAUAAAACAGCCGGUAAUAAAGAAGAAGUGGCGUGAGGAAGAAGAGGGAACCCUUUGAGCGCAUGGCAGAAGGAGAGAGGGGAGGGGAAGAAGGAGCGAGCGAGAGGCGCAAAAUGGGAGCAACGAGAUAUGUGCUGGGCAGCGCGAUCUUAGGACUCUUUUGGAGCAGUCUACUCAAGGGCGUCCUGACCAACUCCACCAGCAGGUGCGAUUAUCCGCCCUGCUCCUGCGACCAAUACGGCAGACUGAACUGCGACUGCAAGGUGGAGGGAGAGGAAUUAAUUCUAACCACGGAGGGGGACAGACGGCUGAGUCCACACAUCACCAGGAUAAUGGUGAACAACUGCUCAUCCGUGAUCCUCGCGAACUCGAGUCUGAUCUCAAUGACCGGACUGCGAGCGGUGGAGCUGAUGAACGUGGCGAAUCUGACUCUAGUCAAACAUAGCUUCGAAUUAUCGCCGCACAACGCGCACACGCGAAUUUCUGUGCGGAACAGCAGCAUCGACGUAAUGCCGAGCUUCGUCUUUCGCGGCGACGUCGAGGCGAUCACGUUCGAGAACGUGCGGAUCGGCCAGCUGAGUGCCUUCUCGUUCGCCAAUUUGGUUCACACGGAGAAGCUACGGCUGGAGAACUGUCACGUCGAGACGACGGAGGCACAAGCCUUUAAGAAGUUCGAAGUCGGCUACCUAGACGUGAGAGGCGGCACAUUCGGCGAUCAGUUGCCGAGUCGCACCCUGAACGACAUCGAGGUCUAUCACACAUUCAGGUUGGACGGCGUGAGAAUGGGCGUCGUGAGGAGCAGCGCCUUCAUCGUGAGAAGUCCGCGCACGGUUGCGAUACAGAACUGCGUGAUCGACAACCUGGAGAGCGAGGCUUUCGACGUGACGGCGCAGGGCGCCGUGAUCAUUAAGAACAACACCUUCGGCAGCAUCAGCGUGGGCGCGUUUCUCGGGAUACGCGCGGAUCGCGAGACCAGGUCGCCGCCGUCGCCGUCGACGCACGACCUCAUCUUCAAGAACAACAGCGUCAGCAGCUUCGAGGAGGGCUCGCUGAUGUUCGACCGCACGAGUUUCCGACCAGAGCUCGACAGUCUCCUCAUCUCGCAGCCAUGCGACUGCCAGAUGUUACCCGUGUGGAAGAAUUAUGUGCUCAACUACACCAACGUUUACUCGCGGUUUUAUGCGAGAGAAAACUCGCUGGUGCCGCCCCAAUCGCAGCCCCAGGAGCCCAUCAACGAGACCCCGGAAACCUUCGUGUGUCUGGACGGCGGGAUGGACGGCGCGUCGAUCAGCUUCGCCGAUUACGAGGCGCGUCACUGCUCGCUCGGCGGCUCCAUGCUCGUCUUCAUUCUAAUCAUCGUGGGUGCUAUUCUCGCCCUGAUAGUAUGCGUGUGUUUGAUCGUCUGGUGCUGUCGGAGGCGCCGGCGGAACAACAGAAAGAAGUGGAUUAGCGUGCCGACCAACGCACCUGACGUGGUGUCGAAGAAGAACGGCGUGAUUGGCAGGGAGGCCGCGACGUCCGGCGCGCCGGUCGACAGCAGGAUAACGAUGGUGGUACCGGACGGCAGAUUAUACCGAGAGACGGAGUUUCAUGUGAUCGUCGAGAAGGCCGAGCCGCUUACGACCGAGUUGUAACGAGACGCCCCGGGCGGCUCGACGAGGAGGCCCACGAUCGUCGCUCCCGUUGAAGAGGAACUCGAGUGGGCGGAAACGUCGAGCCGCUUUAGAGUGUACAAGCUGUGAGAGCUACGAGAGACGCCGCGCGAUCGGCGCCAGUGAGGAACAGUAACCGUAAAAACUUUGAUCCGAUGCACUCGGAGAGAACGUGAGGCGAGAGUCCUUCCAGUGGAGAGAGGAAAAUUCCUCGAAUGUUAAUCGCGUGCGUAAAAUAUAGACUGCGUAAAACCGUCGUCGUUUGGGGUAUAAUAGAAACGCGAAAUGUACGCGACCCCGCGGAAUCGUGUCCCGUUUUUUUUUUUUUUUUUUUUUUAAUUUAAUUGAUUGUCUUUCCUAGUACAAUGCAGUUCGUAAGCUUCCAUUCACAUAUCACAUGCGGCCGCCGAUUAUUCAGACCGCGCGUUCCUUUCAUUCCUUGGCCCGUCCAUCACUUCGAAGGCGGUCACGGCGAUUAAAAAGUUUUCAGAACGAGUCGCAAAAUUCGGAUAAUCAGUCGCCGCAGCUAGUUAAGUUUAUUAUUAAACUUUCGAAGAGAAGAGAAAGCGAGAGGAUCAAUGUGUCCGUAGAAGAUGAAGUGAGACCCUCGUCGAAGCUAUGCGACUUAGGAAGCAGAGGAGAGAGGGAGAAGAGCAUAACUCGCGUAGAGACAACUAAAUUCGCUGUCUUGCGUAAGAUACGCGAUUGGGCCGACCUUUCGCAUUUCCGUUGCUUUAAGUUCAGCGAUCGAUAGCCCGCGCAGUUAUCGACGAAACAUUAGUGAGCGUUUCGAGCGAAAAUCACGGUACGAAAGGACCAAAAAAGUGGGACGACGCUCGGACAGCUGUGCCAUUCCUGGAGUGUGUCACUCAUGUCAAACACACAUAACUCGUGUCCACUCCACAAAAAUUUUGAUCUCUCGAACACAAGGAAAAAAAGCGAAUAAAAUAAAGAUGAUACUCUUCGCUAAGCUUUCAUAUCAAAAUCGUUUCAAACUAUCGUUUUUUAUAGGAAAGGUUGAUAGCAAUGUAACAAGAGCGAAAAUAAACCGGCAUGAUUAAUUUACUAACAAUAAAAAAAUAUCCCAUAUCACCUCAUAUCAGUGGCGAAUUUGUAAGUUAAUGGCAUAUAUCGUUUGGUAAAUUGUAACAAGUAUUUCAAUUUCUCUUUCAACUUUAAGUUCAUUACUUUGUUAUAAUUAAUAGUUAUAACGUCAAUUAAAACAAGACCUUGAUUAUUCUUUUCAAAACACGUUUUUUAACAUACGCAUCUUUUUAUUAAUUUUAUUAAACAUAAAAACUUGUAUAUUUUUUCAGCAAUUUUAAAAGAAUCUCUUGGAUGAAAACGUUAGCUUUAAGCCCUUGAAAAUGUAAAUCCGCCACUGCUUCGUAUGUGCUUUCGAAAAAAAAAGCGAAGUUCGUCAGACCGUAAAACCAGUGUGUGAAUUAAUUUUUAACUAUAUCGUACUGCAAAUUCGUUAUCACGUUAUUUUAUGAAUGUCUAUGCAUUUAUUUAAAGCAAAGACUCGCUAUGAAACUUUGCGAUAUAAGAAGAAACUGUUAUUAUUGUUAUUAUAAUUUAUAUUUAAUCUUAAGUAAGUCACGAUAAAUCAAAAACGUUACGAUUGUUCCGCGAAAUUUGCUGUGUGUUAAAUGUAACGCUGAGAAAAAUUUCAGGUGAUUUUAUAAAACCAAACGAAAAGUACUUGGAAUGUACAUCCCGCCAUAUAGCAAUAUUCAUCGAUGCGUUUGAUCUAUGCGUGUAAUGAAAACAUUUUAAAGGAACUUGAUUAGGACUUGAGCGAACGUAUUUCUAGAUCAUAAUCGAAUGAAAAUAAAUAAACGUUUUCCCUGUCCCUUUCUCCUUUUUUAAUUAAAAGGAGGCAUAUGUCGCGACAUUGAUCUAAUAUUUUGAUAAUCAUAAAAAAAAAAGGCAUUUCGUCGAUUACGGAAGAAGAAAUAAAAUAAAGCUUGUCGGAAACUGUAAUAUAUCGUACAGUUAAAAUUGAUUUAUCGAACAGAAGGCCCAAGUACUCGAAGCACUUGAAGACGGAGGUAAGCAACGCUUCGUCUUGAGCGCAUGAAAGGAAGAGAAUUGAGCCUCUCGGAAAACUUUUUGUGCCUCUUAUACACGAUAACUCGAACUCCACCAAGGUAGGUUUUAUUAGCAUUCCGCUAAUAAUAUCGAAAGAUCAGAGUCUAAUACGCCGCGGCGUAUGCAAACUAUAUGCGCAGGUAUGUAUGCGUGUAUACGUGUGUAAUUAUAUCAUUGUGGUGAACACAAAAUCAGUUUAUAAUGUCAUGUAUAGCUAUAAUUAUCGUAAGACUGUGAUAUAACGACAGCCGCCGACUGUAUAAUUUGUUUCGCAUUGAACGAAAAGAGAUACAAUAAAGACGAUACCAACAAUGUA